AUGUCUCUGUUUCAAACAAUCAAGACCCCCGUGGUAACAUAUGAACAACCCCUGGGACUGUUCAUCAACAAUGAAUUUGUCAAGGGUGUGGAAGGCAGAACCUUUGAAACAAUCAACCCUCAUAACGAGAAGCCGAUUGUAGCUGUGCACGAAGGCACGGCAAAAGACGUGGAUAUUGCCGUGAAAACUGCCCGUAAAGCGCUGGAGGGCGAGUGGAAACGGAUCACUCCCUCUGAGCGUGGCCGCCUUCUCACUCGUCUCGCGGACUUCCUAGAACGAGAUAUCGAUAUAGUCGCUGCUAUUGAAGCCCUUGAUAAUGGCAAGGCUGUGACAAUGGCUAAAGGCGAUGUCACUGCUGCAGCCGGGUGCUUACGCUACUAUGGUGGCUGGGCUGACAAGAUCUAUGGCCAGACAAUCGAUACCGACGCCAAUAGCUUGACGUAUACCCGCCAUGAACCGGUCGGCGUCUGCGGCCAAAUCAUCCCAUGGAACUUCCCCCUCCUCAUGUUUGCAUGGAAGAUUGGGCCUGCUCUCGCGACGGGCAACACGAUUGUCCUGAAAACUGCGGAGCAAACGCCACUUUCAGCGCUCUAUGCUGCCACCCUAAUUAAAGAAGCCGGCUUCCCUCCUGGAGUAGUCAACGUUAUCUCAGGAUUUGGAAAAGAUGCAGGCGCGGCAAUUGCGGCCCAUAUGGAUAUCGACAAAGUCGCAUUCACCGGGUCAACUUUAGUCGGCCGCCAAAUUAUGCGAGAGGCUGCUAAUAGCAAUUUGAAGAAGGUGACUCUUGAACUUGGAGGGAAGUCGCCGAAUAUAAUUCUUCCCGAUGCAAAUCUGGAGGAGGCAAUCGGAUGGGUGAACAUGGGGAUCUUCUUCAACCAUGGGCAAUGCUGCUGUGCGGGCUCUCGAAUUCUUGUCCACGAGUCUAUUUAUGACCGAUUUUUGGAGCUUUUCAAGAAGCGAGCCGAGCAGAACAAGGUCGGCGAUCCGUUCAAUUCUGACACUUUCCAAGGUCCUCAGGUGUCUCAAGUGCAAUAUGAUAGAAUCAUGAGUUAUAUUGCCGAUGGGAAAAGCGCAGGGGCCAGUAUCAUCACGGGUGGUGGUCGGCAUGGAGCGGAAGGAUACUACAUCCAACCCACGAUUUUUGCCGAUGUUGAUGAGAAAAUGACGAUUGUGAAAGACGAGAUCUUUGGACCUGUCUGCACAGUGCAAAAGGUCCGUGAUGAAGACGAAGCGAUUCGCGUGGCCAAUGACACAAACUACGGCCUAGCUGCGGCUGUCCAUACCACGAACAUCAAUACUGCCAUCAGAGUGUCAAAUGCGAUCAAAGCAGGAACCGUUUGGGUUAACAACUACAACACUCUCCACUACCAGAUGCCCUUUGGUGGCUUCAAAGAAUCAGGAGUAGGUCGAGAGCUGGGUUCAUAUGCUCUUGAGAACUACACAGAGGUGAAAACAGUCCACGUGCGCUUAUCUCAAUCUUAA